UUUUUCUUCACUAUUGUUUUAGGAAUCGCCUUUAACACUGGAAAAGAAUGGAAGGACUUGAAAAAGUUUACUAUUUCAACACUCCGAGAUUUAGGAAUGGGUAAGAAAAAGCUAGAAGAGCAGAUAUAUUUGGAAAUCCAGACUUUAGCCGAUGCUUUUCAAUCUCACAAUGGUAAACCGUUUUCUCUGAAAGAUCCGCAGGCACAUUUCUCUUUGAGUAUUGUGUAUUAUAUAGUAUUUGGUGAAAGGAUCAGAUUUGGUGAGCCAGAGUUUCAAGAAAUAGCUGAUGACUUACGAUUUUUCUUCAACAAUGUAAGUGCAUUUAUGCCAGAGAAUUUCUUUCCAUUCCUGAGAUUUUUCCGAUGGAAUUCUCCCCUAGAACAAAUUAUCAAGAACAACAACAAGAUCCGAAGUUAUAUAAAAGAGAAAAUCAGGGAACAUAAGGAAACAUUUAAUGUCGGCGACAUAAGAGAUUUCGUUGACGUCUACUUACUUACACUAGAGAGGGAACCAAACAAAGCGAAUAUUUUCCAGGCGAUUAUGGAUCUUUUUACGGCCGGAUCGGACACAACAUCUACCGUUCUUAUCUGGGUUUUUAUAUAUAUGGCCAAAUAUCCUGAUAUACAGGACAAAUGUCGAGCAGAAAUCGAGAAGAUCACCGAUCUGAAUAGACCAAUCACAAUGGAAGACAAACAACACAUGACAUACGUUGCAGCGACUCUACUUGAAGUCCAGAGAAUUGCUCCUGUUGCUACACUCACUGCUCCACAUGCCUCUACGGUAGACACGAAACUAGGAGGUUAUGAUAUUCCAAAACAUACCAUUGUUCAAUUCAUGUUAAUGGCUGCUCAUUAUGAUCCGAACUAUUGGGAUAAACCAGAGGAAUUCCGACCUGAAAGAUGGAUUGAUGAAGAUAAUGAGUUAAAGAAAAAUGAGGCUUUCAUGCCUUUCUCUUUGGGUCCCAGAAUGUGUGCAGGAAUAUCACUAGCCAAUAUUGAAAAUUUCAUGGUUUUUUCAAAUAUCUUACAAAGAUUUAGAUUGGAAAGUCCUGACGAAACACCAAUGACAAUGGAAGGCAAACAAUCGGGAAUUAUUUACGUUCCAGUGAAUGAUAAUAUCCGUGCAAUUCCACUGUGAGAUAUAUUUGUAUUAUAUAUUUGAGGACAACACUUCACAGUUCACUGGCUGUACAGUUGAAAGUAUAUCACUUUGAUGUACAAAGGUAUCAAAUUCUUAUAGAAUGCUGUUAUUUUUUAAAUGGUAUUUAACGAAAUAACAUAAAUUUCUGUUCAUUAGUGGUAUUACAUUGAUCUACAUGCUACAAUACAUAACAUGUGUGCAGUAGUAUCUACUCAUAAACUUCAUAAAAUUAUAAGUCAUAUGGUAGUUGCAAUGUUUAAUUCAAUCAAUAAAGCUCCAGUAUUAUUU